AUGGAAGCAAAAGAUGAAGAAAUCUUACAACAGCAACGAGACAUAGAAAAGGAGGUUUGCAGCUCAACGCCAUUAGUUAGUGAGAAGUUACCUUUGACAUGUUUAGGAACAGAAUACAUGGGCGACGACAUCUUCACCGUCAAGAUUCAAGACCUAUUGAAGAAGUAUCGGUUUAUGCGUCGCACGCGUCCCGACGGCAACUGUUUUUUUAGGGCAUUUGCUUAUUCAUAUUUGGAGUAUUUGAUUACAAAUCGCACGGCUUUCCAAAAUUUUCGAGUAUUAGUUGAAAACUCAAUGGAAAAACUUGUAAACCUCGGCUUUCCUAAAUUCACAUUGGAUGACUUCCAUGAAACUUUUAUGGAGGUUCUUAAGCGCAUAGAUCCGCAGUCUAAUGAAGCUGAAGGCUGUGGAAAGCUGCAGAACGAAUUACACAAACUGUUUAAUGAACAGGGUUAUUCGGACUAUGUGGUGGUCUAUCUGCGCUUCAUCACGUCAGCAAGAUUGCAAGAGGAGGCAGAAUUUUACCAAAACUUUAUUGAGGGAAACUAUACCGUGGAGGAGUUUCGUCACCAGGAAGUCGAGCCCAUGUACAGGGAAUCAGAUCACAUUCAUAUCAUUGCUCUUUGCACAGCUUUAGGCGCCGGUGUACGUGUUGAGUAUUUGGACAGGGGCGGAGGUAGCACCGUGAAGGCCCAUGAUUUUCCUGAUGGCUUAGAGCCGAAAGUUUAUCUUAUUUAUAGGCCGGGGCAUUACGACAUCUUGUAUCCAAAUUGAAAAAAGAUCGAUUACUCAGUCUUUUGUUUUUAGCCCAUAUUCAUAUUUGAAAAUGUUCAUUUACAGAGCAACGCUAUAAAUAUGAUUAUAUUUUUAAUUAAAUCAAAAAA